AUGAGUCGACAAGAAUCAGCUCCUGGAACGAAAUGGUAUGCAUAUCUGUCUGUUUCACGUGUCUAUUUGAAGAAUGGCGCAUGGACACCUUUCGUGGGGAAUCUCUCCUGGAGUACUGAAUCUGAUCAUCUCCGAUCUGCAUUCGAACCGUACGGAAACGUCACAGACAGCUUUGUACUCAAGGAUCGUGAAUCUGGUCGCAGUCGUGGAUUUGGAUUUGUGACCAUGUCGACUCCUGACGAAGCAAAUGCUGCCAUCAGCGCAUUGAAUGAAACGGAUCUCGAUGGACGAAACAUUCGUGUCAACCUCGCUGAAUCUACUCCUCGUGGAGGUGGAGGUGGUGGAUACAGUGGUGGUAGUGGAGGUGGAGGAUACGGUGGUGGAGGUGGAGGAUACGGCAGUGGUGGAGGAGGAAACUAUGGCGGUGGUGGAGGAGGCUACCAACAACGAGGAUCCGCUUAUGGCAACUACUGA